AUUUGAUUUUGUUUUCACAUUUAGUCAAUUUUGUUUUUUACUUUUCUUGCCUUAUAUUUAUUAUUAUUUUGAUUGUUUGGAAAAUUAAUUUUUUUCUCUAGUUAUCUUUAUUUAGUUGUUCAAAUUAAUCGUUGAUCAUGUCUGACCUUAAUAGCUUUGUUAAUGAGAUUGGAACUCGGCAUGAAAAAAGCUUAGGUCUUUUAACCACACGAUUUGUAUCACUUUUACAAGACGCCAAGGAUGGAAUCUUAGAUUUAAAAAUGGCGGCUGAUACUUUGGCUGUGAGACAGAAACGUCGUAUUUAUGAUAUAACUAACGUUUUAGAAGGUAUUGGACUUAUAGAGAAAAAGUCUAAGAAUUCGAUUCAAUGGCUUGGAGCUGGUCCUGGUUGUAAUACACGAGAAAUUACUGAUCAACUUUUAGCGCUUAAAGAGGAGCUCAUUGAACUUGAGAAUAAGGAAAUGGAAUUAGAUCAACAUUUCUCUUGGGCGAAACAGUCUAUCUUCAAUAUUAUGGAUGAUACAAGUAAUAAAGUUUAUUCUUGGGUUAAACAUCAUGAUCUUUGUGAUGCGUUUUCUGGUGACACUUUACUAUUAGUACAAGGACCUGUUGGUACACAGUUGGAGGUACAUCUUCCUGAUGCAUCUCGACAAUCUGGUGAACCUAAAAAAGCUAAAUUACAUUUGAAAUCUAAAAAUGGACCUAUUGAAGUUUCUCUCGUUAACAAGUAUUCGGAAACUCAAGAACCUCAAGAAAUAUCUUUAUCAAAUCGAGAAAUUGUAAAUCUUCCUGGAUCAUCAAAUGAAGAAGCUGAAGAUGAAAUGGAAUUCAUAGAGAGCGAUAGAAAUGCAGAUGAAGAAUUAGAGGCAAAUGAAGAAGAUGAACCAGAGGAACCUGAAGGAGAUGAAGAAGAAGAAGAAGAGGAAGAAUUAGAAGAAGGAGAUGAUCAAGCCGAAGAUGAUCCAGUUGAUCAAAAUGAUGAAGAAGAAUCAAUGGAGGAAGACUUACCGGAAGAGGAGGAAAGAAUUCACAAUACCCGAUCACAGCCCGUUCGACAAUUAUCUCCACGUAAAGCUGCCCAACGUCACCUUUUCAUCUCUUCCAGAAGAGAAACAAAUAAAAAGGGUAAAAAAGUUGCCGUUCAAAAGAAAGAAGCCUCACCUGUGAGAAAAAUAUCUCUAAGAGGUCGAGGUAAAGAAAAAGAAAAAGAAAAGGAAAAAGAGAAAGAGAAAAGAACUACAAUAUCUCCUUCUAAAGAAACCACCAAAGAGAAAAUCAAAGAAAAAGAAAAGCUAAAAGAACCGUUAGAAAAAUUGACCACCAGAACUCGAAGUCGAGGCAGACAAAGUACAACAAUUACUCCAAUUGAAACCGAAACCGAAAACGACGAAACAGCCAAAAGUCAAGACACCGAAAAUAUUCCUGUUAAUAUUAAUAAAACACCGACGGCAACUCGACGACGAAUCAAAACUCCUCUUGAGUAUCAAGAAAUCAUACCUGAUGUAUUACAACCGCUGGUGAAAUUGAGUCCACCGCCAUCAGGAAGAGACUAUUGUUUCAAUCUGGACAAAGGCGAAGGUGUUGUUGAUCUGUUCGAGAUCAAAGACAAUCAACAACAAGAAUCCCAACAAGAUGAACAGAGUUAAUCAAUAAUCUUCAGCCAAACACAAACAUUGAUCAUGUUUAUCUUUCUCUCUCUCUCUCACUUUCCUCUAAUUCCAAUCUCAAUUAACUAGACAAUGAACACACAUAUAUAAAUACAAUUAUUACUUAUAAUUA